GCUGUAUAUAUGCAUUUAGUACAAACUUUGUUUAUUUCUAUGGACAUUUAAUUUGAAUGACACUAUUGGGGAGGACAUAUUUCGUGACUUUGGGAGAAUGACGUAAUAAUAGAAAGUACUCCAGAGGUUGUGUGGAUGUUAAUACCAUAUGGCAGAUCGACAUGGAACAGCUCUACCAUUACUGAUAUUUAUUUCAAUGUUUCAGCCUUCACUCUCUGAUACAUUAACAUGCACAUCAUCCGUGUCUACCAUAAAUUUAAACCCUUCAACAGAUCCGUAUAAAACCUACAAAUAUCCUGCAACCGGUCUGUAUCCAAGAACAACGACGUGCAAAUGGUUAUUUCAAGCCACUGAUGCUAGUUCAAGAAUAACAUUUGAAGUCACCAGUAUUUAUGUUGAUUGUGGAGAUACUUUAAAGUUUCAUGACGGGACAUCUUCGAGUGCUAGCGCCAUUGGCAGCUCUGUGUGUUGUUCGUCAUCCUCAAGUUGUGGUUCCAGUAAACCACCAGCAACAACAACCGGAAACAGCCUCUUUUUGCAACUUGAUUCCGAUGGGACUGACAAUUCUUACGAAACAGGAUUUACAGUUACUGUUGUCGUUGGAAAAGAUGAAUCAAAUUGUUCAGCUUCUGGGACAUUCAACGUAAAUCUUGCUUCAACACUGACAUUGACGUCACCCCAAUUUCCCGACAAGUAUCCCAUAAGUCGCAAUUGUACGUACACAUACACAUAUUCAAACGGGAACGUUCAGUUUGAGUUCAUAUAUAUGAAAGUGGAGCUAUACAGUGGAACGUGCUUCGAUUCUGUAGAAAUCUUUAAUGGGUCUUCAACAAGUUCCCCCCUUAUUGCCAAAGUAUGUGGAGAUACCGUCCCAGCACAGAAUAUCUUUACUUCUUCUGGCACAUCUUUGACUAUAAAGUUCAGCAGCGAUGGUCAGGAGACUAAAACAGGAUUCCUGGCUCGUGUGACACCUGUCGAUCAAACUGCAGUUUCCAGCAGUGUUACUACAGGGAGCAGUUCUAGUGCUUAUAUAACAACAACAAUUAAUAAUGCAGGCACGACAGGCACGAAUGAACCCUCUACUGUUAAUGAUUCAAGCACUACAACGGAAACAAGUACGCAACAACAAUAUGAAACAUCAGGUAACGUCGAAAAAGAAACAACUCAACACUAUGAUGAUACCACUACUAAUGUUGAAACAGACAAAACAUCUUCACGUAUUGAUGGUACCACGACGGAUAUAUACGAAGAAACAACUACUCAGAUACAGGGUGAGAUGACCACCAGUCUUCCAACAGAAUCGACUACUAAGGUGAUAAAUUUACAGUCAACUACUAUAAAAGAAAAGACAACAGAGGGCGUAACAUCACGAACGACUACUGUAGCAGACACCACAAAGACGGAAGUUACGUCACAGCCCACUUUGACUGUGGGAGACACCACAAAGGCGGAUGUUACGUCAAGACCAAUCUCAGUAAGAGACAAUAACAGUCCUUUUAUAGCUGACAGUACGGAUAGCAAUGGCGGAGUAAUUGCUGCUGGCGUCACAGUGGCGUUAGUUGUAAUCGCCUUGUUUGUGGCGGGAGGUGUCAUACUAUUUAAAAAGAAGAAAAAGCGUUCGAUAGAUAUUUAUGACUAGAAAAAGAAUGAAGACAUACAAGAGAAAAUUCCGGACGUUCGGAAUGAAGUUCAGUUAUCAUCCUCUCCAGCCGGAACUAAAUGUGUCACGUGAUCAAUAGCCUUUGUUCUAUGUUUGUUAUGUUGUAUAUCAUUUUCAAUAUAUAAGUUUUUGGUUAAGUAAGGAACCUUAACAAAUUUAACAAUGCUAUUUAUUGCAUAUACAUGUAAAAACAUUGUUGUUUAUAACUAUCUCAUUUGUUUAUAAAUAUAACUAAGUUUCCACUGUUUUGGUAGCUGUCUUUUUUAAGACAUCUUGUAAGUGAAAGAUAACCUGACUGAAUAAGUUAGGCAAUGUUGAGUGUUAAUCUUAUUUCUGCUAUACAAUAGAGCAUCCAGUUAAAAUGUAUGUCUUCAUAAUAAAUGAAUUAACUAAUUAUCCGCUGAAGUGUUGCUUUUCCGAUAAAAUAUAUGUUUAUUUCUUUUAAUAUAGAUUGUUGGUCAUGGAAUAAAGUCUACAUACACUUAAA